AUGUCUCGCGUCUUGUCUUUUGAAUCUUCCCCCAAUACGACGCCGUCUCAUCCCAAGAGAAGGGCACCGGUGGCAUGCACGGCCUGCCACGCGAGAAAAGUCCGCUGCAACGUCGUUUCAAGUGGAAGACCAUGCUUCAAUUGCCAACAGGAUCAGAGUGUCUGUGUUCUUCACGUGUCGGCCAGGGGUAGGCAUAAACGCCCCAGAAAAGGAGAGAGGGGAACGACGACGACCGGCGGCCAAACCACCCCCAACGACACCACCACCACUGUCCCCAACAACGACAACAAUCACCCCAAUACUCCUCCUACUACUAAUGUGCAUGAUGAAGAAGAACCGAGACGUCUCCGCUCGCCUGUUGCUGCUGUUAUGUCUGUUGGAACUUCUUCAACAAACAUCGGCCAUAACAAUCAUACUGCAGCACCGCCAUCGUCGAUACCAUCACAUACGUCACACCCCGAGGAGACACCCUUUGACCGUCCCAGUAGCGUCGAGGCAGAGGAUUUUGAAUCCAACGUGGCAGGCUACAGGCACAUUGUUGAUCAUCAGGUAGCAGGUCACGGCGCCAGAACGCACAUCUACGUUGGGGAAACUCAAGGCAUGAGAUUCAUCUUCAACGCCGUCAAGGAUAGCAAAAUCGCCUCUUGUGCACAUUACGUGGUCCCACCGGCGAACAAGGCCACACUGGCCCCGGAGGAUCUCGCAUUUCUUCAAGCAAAGGGAGCCUUUGAGAUCGAAAGUGAGGAUUUGCUAGGCGAAUUGAUCACUCUAUACUUUCGACACGUUCAUCCACUGUUGCCCGUCAUCGACCCUUAUGCCUUUUUCAAACAGUAUGAGCAACAGCUCCGGGACGGAGGACCUUCACCGUCAUCACAACUCAGCCUCUUACUUCUUCAGAGCAUGUUUCUCGCAGCGAGUAGUUACAUCUCUCCUCAAGGUUUAAAACGAUCAGGAGCACCUUCAAUAGUUGCUCUUAAAAGAAGAUUCUAUCUUCGUGCCAAGCUACUAUACGAUUUCGAAUACGAAGCCGACAAGACCUGCCUGGUCCAAUCGGUAUUGCUGAUGGGGUUUUGGUUUGGCAACACACACGACAGGGUCGACAGUUGGCACUGGAUCGGGGUCGCCAUCAACCUGGGCCAGGCUCUCGGAUUCCACAGGGACCCAGGGAGGAGCAACAUUCCACUUUCCACCCGACGUCUCUGGCGUAGGGUCUGGUCGUGUUGUGUCUAUCGUGAUCGUUAUGUCGCUUUGGGUAUGGGUCGGCCGUGCCGGAUCGUGGCCGAGGAUUGUGAUGUCCCGGAUGUCUCACUGGACGACUUCAAGACCGACCCUGCCUUGUUAUCGGAUCUCAGUGCGGGAGCCGCCACGACGGUACAAGAUUGUGAACAAGUCUCACCCAUAUUUUUGGAAUUGCUGCAGGCGACCAAAAUCAUGGGCCAUGCGCUCAAUUGUCUGUACCGUCCCUCUCUCAAAGUCCCUCCACCCACGACGGCAGACUUUCAAACCCUCGAUUCAGAACUACAAAACUGGUACGCAAACUUGGCUCCCAUGUGUCGAACUGAAGCCAUCUCCCUGGAUACCGGCCCAGGAGAAUCAUCCCAGGUCGCAAAGGUCCACAAGUACUUUGUUCACAUCACGUAUCACGUACUCACCAUCUUAAUAUACAAGCCACUCGUCUUCAACAAAAAGGCGCCCAUGGCUUUGGCAGGGAACUAUGAUGAAGACUCUGCUGUUGCUGCUGCUGCUGCUGCUGCUGCAUGGGAUAGGUGUCUGGCUUCGGCAUCGGCUGCUACUGACAUCCUGAGGAGUCUGGCUGAGGAAGAUUUGGUCAGCGCUCUACCACCUGAAAGUGCAACGAUACUCAUCAUCGUUCUCUCAAUCCUCUUUCUUCAUCGGUUGUGGAGCUCGGGAUUCAAGCAACACCUGGCCUCUCAAAAGGUCGACCUCGCACUCCUCAUUCUGAGAGAACUCCAACAGAAAUACCUCGCGGCCCGUUUCAUUUCCGCCUACUACACCGCCGCAUUCCAAAAGAUCCCACAAGAGGCCGCUCAGGGAACGUGUCAGAUCGUGCCUCCCGCGUGGGCCGGGCCCGCAUCGAGUGGUGGUGGUGGUGGAGGAGGAGGAGGAGGAGGGGGAGGAGGAGCCAUACCUGAGAACGCUUCGGAAAACAUACAGUCUCAGAUGGACCACCACCUUCAAGACCAGUCGGGGAGUGCAGCAGUAGAUGCUCCGGUUAAUAACCACAAUGAAGUCUAUCCCUUCAACGGCAAUACACUGUCACCGAGUCUGAUCUUCCCGGAUAGCGACUUCUUCUGGGACUAUGACUUGACGGAAAUUAUGGGUCAGAAUUUUGCAGAGGACUUUUCUACAGACCUCUAGUUGACUCGACAGGCUACAUACAGCCUUGGCUACGUACUACUUCAGUAGUUAUUCCUGACUUAGGUGAUGAGCUAAAUAUCAGCCCUCUAGUCAAC